AGGCUGGGCUCCAGUCGCCAUCACAGACUCCGAUGCCCCGCCCACGCAGCCAUUCACUCUCUGCAUCCCUCCCUUAGGCGAGGGGGCUGUCCCUGAAGAGCCACGCGACUUCUGCCAGGGGCUGGACAUCCAGGACCAGUACGACCGCUUCUACUUGAACCGCACCGGGGAGUGCUUUGCCAGGUGCCUGCAGCUGGGGAAUGUCUCCGGCAAUCCCGGGAAGCUGGAGAGAUACUGGCUACACUACGAGUUCUACCUGGUGGAGAAGAAUUUGGAGGACAAGGUGGAUAUGCCCUUUGUGAAGGCUUUGGUCCAGAACUUCAGCACCGACACCUCGGAAGAUCUGCUUUUCUCUCUGAAACCGGCUCAGAUUCCGAGGCAGGUGAUGAUGGGCGAGGACAAGCCCCCUGACAGAGUCCGACUUCCCAGGAGCUUUUUCGCCUCCCUGCCGGGCAGCAGGUCAGCAGUCCGGUUGGCCAUAUCUGUUCUGGACAUCGGUGCUGGGGACCUCUUCAAGGGCCCCCAGCUUCGCCUGGAAGAUGGCAGCAGUGUGUUGAACAACCACAUGGUGGGCUUGAGCGUGGGUCGCACCCCUGUCACCAGGCUGCCAGAGCCUCUGGAGAUCACCUUCUCCCACCAGCGUCAGCCCCCGAACGCGACCCUCACCUGCGUGUUCUGGGAUGUGAACAAAGGGCCUGCUGGGGACUGGGACUCCAGGGGCUGCUCCACCGAGCUCGGAGCUGAGAGGACUGUCUGCCACUGUGACCACCUGACCUUCUUCGCCUUGCUGUUGAGGCCCGUCUUGGACCGGGCCACCGUGCAGGUCCUCACUCACAUCUCCCAGGCCGGCUGUGGAGUCUCCAUGAUCUUCCUGGCCUUCACCGUUGUCCUCUAUCUUACCCUGAGGUUCUCCCUGCAGAGAUUCAAGUCCGACGAUGCCCCCAAGAUCCACGUGGCCCUGAGCAGUAGCUUGUUCCUCCUGAAUCUGGCCUUCCUGGUCAGCGUGGGCAGCGGCUCGGCGGGGUCCCGUGCUGCAUGCUGGAUCCGGGGAGCCAUCUUCCACUACUUCCUGCUCUGCACCUUCACCUGGAUGGGCCUGGAAGCCUUCCACCUCUACCUCCUCGUCAUCAAGGUCUUCAACACCUACUUCGGCCAUUACUACCUGAAGCUGAGCCUGGUGGGCUGGGGCCUGCCCGCCCUCAUGGUCAUUGGCACCGGAAGUGCCAACAGCUAUGGCCUUUACACCAUCCGCGACCAGGAGAACCGCACCUCUCUGGAGCUGUGCUGGUUCCAGAAAGAGCCUGCCCUCUACGCCACCGUCCACGGUUACUUCCUCAUCACCUUCCUCUUUGGUGCCGUGGUGCUGGCCCUGGUGGCCUGGAAGCUCUUCACCCUGAGCAGUGUCACAGCGGGCAAGGAGCAGGGGCAGAGGUGGAAGGCCGUCCUCACCGUCCUGGGCCUCUCAAGCCUGGUGGGUGUGACCUGGGGGCUGGCUGUCCUCACGCCCCUGGGUCUGUCCACCAUCUAUAUCUUCGCCCUCUUCAACUCCCUGCAAGGUGUCUUCAUCUUCUGCUGGUUUGCCAUCCUCUACCUCCCGGGCCAGAUCUCCACGCCUUCUUCCUCGGGGGGCACCGCCCGGCUGGACCAGGCCCCCUCUGUGUCCCAUGAGUAGGCGGCCACGGCCCUGCGCCCAGACUCACCUCCCGUCUGCUGUGUGCCCUCGGCAGCUGCUGCGGUUGCUUCCUCUUUACGGCGCGGCUGAAGAGGAAACGGGUUGGAUCCUGUGGCCUCAAAGGUCCCAUCCAGAUAUGCCCACAGAUCCGAGAGUCCCCAGAUGCAGAUGUGCAGGGGAUUUAGGCCCUCCCGUCCCGAGACCACCCCCGCCCCCAAGAGCAAAGAGCACACCUUCACGGCCCGCCCGGCCUCUGUCCACCUCUGGUGUCGCUGGGCCCUGACCCCAGAGAGUGGGCUGUGGCAGGGCAGCAUGUGGAACGAGCCCGGCCUCCCUGCUCCUCCCUGUGUGACUGCCCCCCCACUCUGCUUUGGUCCUGGUGAGGGGCAUUCGGGAGGUCAUUGUCCCCCGGAGGUCAUUGUCCCCUGGGCCACUGGGGGAGUCGUGGACUGGAGGUCUGUUUUAGGGGCGGGUCAGUCCUCCAGCCGCCUGUCCUGGGCCCAUCCUCCAUGCAGGGGACGGCCAGCCCUCCAGGCUGUCCCUCCCCCUCGGUGACUGCCUGGUGGGUGGCCUCAGAUCUGCUGUCACUGUGGGGCGGGGGUCACGGGUCCCGGCUCCCCACAGCUAUUCAUUCAGUGUGUGGGACUCAGGAGAGGGCAGAGGGAUGGCGGGGCAGAGGUGGGCAUUUCUGAGAGUCUGAGCUCCCAAGGGCAGGGACAGGACAGCCUGGCUCCUCCAUCAGCCCAGCUGAGCACAGGGCGGGGCCCGUGUUGAGCCAAAUAUCGGCACCAGUAAGAUCUCAAUAAAUCUUUGUGGGCUGAACAAAUGGGUGUAUUUGCAGGGCUCUGAGCCGGGGGCGCUUCAGGCCAGACCUGGGUUGGGCCAGUCACUUCCCGUAGCUGGUUCUCCAUUUCCUAGCCUUGGGCUGGCCUCGUAGGAAGCCCAGGUGGCAGAGUAACCGAGGCGGAGGGACUCGAGGGAACGGGCUGAUGCACACAGAGAACAGAGGCAGAGGUGGCCCUGGAGAGACGGCAGCCAGGAGAGACCAGGCUCACCCUGACUCUCCCCUCUGGCCCUGCCCAGCCUCCAGCUGGGCUCCUGCAGGUGGGGAGUCAUUGUCACUGUCAUGACCAGAUGCUCACCGCAGCCCCCCCGAGCUGCGGGCUCUGACCCCCUCCCCCACCAGCAGCCGGUGUCCACCCGAGGGGCCUCCUGGCUUCUUGUCCAACCCAGCAGACAGACAGACCGCCAGAGACAGGAAGGUGCGUCACUUGACGCCAGUCACCCUGCUCCUGGGAAGGAAGUCCUGGGGCGUGGACACGGGGUCAGCUGGACCACAGUGUGUUUUGGAGGACACGUUGGGGCUUAUCUUCGGGGAUGUCUGUGUCUGGUGGUGAAGGUCUCGUAACCUGAGUGUCCUGGGAAACAGCCGCUCUGAGUAUUUCCGUCCAGGGCUUAAAUUCUGCCUCUGCUGUGUGACCCCGGCAUGUCACUUGGCCUCUCUGAGCCUGAGUCUCCCCAGCAUAAAAUGGGGCUCCUGAAUGCUGGGGGGCAAAGUAAAGUUCCCAGCAGCAACCGGCUCCCCCCUCCCGAGUCCCUCCUUUGACUUAAAGAAAGAUCCGUCAGAGGCCCAGGGAAGACCUGUGACCCGCCCAGCUAAGCCCCUCCACAGGCGAGGCCCAAGCCAGGGCUGGCCUCUCUGGUUGCUGACCCUUCCCCAGGACGGACGUUCCCUGGGUUCCAGAACUGUCACCUGGCCCCACCCUGAGCUUCAAGGGGAACCUUGAGCAGCCGAAACCUCAGGCGAGCUGCUGGGAGGGGACCAACCAAACCAGAGCGGGCUUCCUGGUACAGGCCCCCUCCUCCUGGCCCGCAACGCAGGGGGCGCAGGGGACCAUGACCUGAGACGGUGACCGCAAGGACUGCCAGCGCCGGUCCCUGUGGCCCAGCAGGAACGUGGGUCUGAGCACCUGCUGCCCGUGGUCAUGGUGGGCCGCAGGGAGGGUCCCUCCGCCCCGGCUUGUCGCCUAGUUCUGCAUUCUGCCCGGGUUUCUUCGUUCCCGAUCUAUUUUUUCAUUAUCGUACAACAAACCUGCAGAAAACAAGAAGGCGAUUUAUUUACUCUGUGCCUUCAGAGCGACGACUGAAGACGAGAAGCUGUUGAUUCAAUGCAAGUCCAGAGGCGAUUCCAAUUGAUCUUAUUCUUUAUAGAGUCUCCGAAAAUUCAUUCUAGAAAUUUUUAUGGUGAUCUAUGAAAAACUUCAAAUCGCUGAGUCUGCCUGACUGAAAGAGGGCACGGGAGGAAGACUUGACCUCCAGACGUGACGGUGUUCGGAGGCCAAAGUGACAAGGCCAACCUGGAGACCUGUGGGGACAGGAGGGAAGACAAGCGGAAAAACACAGAGUGCUCAGUGGCGCCCCCCGGAGGACUUCACACACAGCCAAGAUGGCACGGUCAACAGGAGUCGGUGGAUCAAUUAAAAAAAAAAAAAAAUCAAGACAAGAUCCCUGCUGACCCCUUCCGUGCAGGUGGACUCCAGGUGGAGUAAAGUCUAGGGGAGGGUGAAACGUGAACGUCAGUGUAGGAAAAUAUUUUUGUGACCUAGGGAGGGGCAAGGAACGACUUCCCAGAGAAAAAUUCUCUAAGCAUCAGACCCCAAACGGAUACAUUUCAUUGCUUUAAAAUUGAGGUUUUCUCCCGGGUACAGGGGCACACACCUGUAAUCCCAGUGGCCAGGGAGGCUGAGGAAGGAGGAUGGAGAAUUCAAAGCCAGCCUCAGCAAAGUAGCAAGGCUC